AUGGGCACAGGACGAUCAGGUACAGGCAGAGCACGUGCUCAUGCGAAGAAGAAACAGUACAAACGUGGCCAUGCGACGAAAAAUCGUGCACGUGAUAUUGAUCAGAUUCAAGAUGAUUUACUUGUGGAGAAGAUAACGGGCAAGAAGAAAAGCUUUGAAAUCGAUGAAGACCUGCCGGGGUUGGGUCAGUACUAUUGUACACCAUGUGGUCGUCAUUUUAUCGAUAUGAAGACACGCAAUGUGCAUCUCAAGACUAAAGUACACAAGAGGAGAUUGAAAGAUGUUGCACAGAAACAAUAUACACAGAAUGAAGCCAUGCAAGGUGCUGGAAAGGGAAUUGAGACAUACAAGCCUGCUCAUAAGAAAGAGAGUGAUGACAUGGAGGAUGAUCUCUAG